ACUGGUAAAAACUAGAUGAACGCGUAAACACGUCCAUUUCGCUUCGUUUCGCUUAAUAAUCUCGAGCUCCGGUAAUUUGUUUGCCCCCCCUGCCACGUGCAUUUACUAGCCUACAACUACUACUACUACUUUUAGUACGUAAUACUAAUAUAGAAUGAGCAAGUCAACGGGAAAUGCACCACCGCAAUUUACCUACGUUCCACCACAAUCGGCGCCGCCAUCCUAUCAGGAGGCAGUGGGCGGUGUCAAGCCAGUGGGUCCCUAUACGCCAGUUGUGGCCCCAGCGACCUCAACCAAUGCAACGAUUGUGACCACAGUGGUGCCCAUUAGUCGCACCUCCACGCACAUGAUAUGCCCGUCAUGUCAUGCAGAGAUUGAGACGACCACACGCACUGAGCCAGGAAUGAUUGCAUACCUAUCCGGAUUUGUUAUUGCAUUGCUAGGCUGCUGGUUGGGAUGCUGUCUGAUUCCUUGCUGCAUUGAUGAUUGCAUGGAUGUGCAUCACACAUGCCCCAAUUGCAGGACGUAUUUGGGACGCUAUCGUCGAUAAAUCUUUGCUACGGACACUUGCGGGCAUUAACGGUUACACACGCACACGCAAACACACACACACGCCUAUAUACGCAGAAUAAUGCGGAGAAUUGGAGUGUUAACUUUAAGCAAGCGAAUUGCCUUUGUUUAUUUAAAUGUAGUAAUAUCGUUUUAUUCUAAUCAUAUAUACAUAUGCUAAUACCACUUGCUAAAUUGCUCAAGCAUCAGCCAGAGCUAUAAGCUAUUCUUAGUUUGGCAUUGAAUUCUAAUUGUAAUAUUAUAAGUUUGUAAAUGUUUGGUUUGAUUUUAUGAUCAGCUAAUAUUGUAAUAGUUAUGUACAUUUUUUUUUUGUCCAAUUCCUAAUUCGUAAUCCACAGAGAAUAUUGAAUCUGCUGCAUACAUACAAAUCAAAUGCAUUAUGAAUGCUAAUUUCGGCCAAUAUAAUUCCUUUUUAUAAAGGCCAAUAAAUGAUAUUUACAUAAUAUACGCAAGUAAAUUUGUAUUUUUGCAAUACAUCUUAUAUAUACACAUAUAAAUUGCACAUAAAGACGACCUAUACAUUAUUUGUAAGACGCACGCAAAGAAGAUGAAAGUAAAAUAAUAAACCAAAAAAAUUUUAUUUUUCUAAAUCUUCUGUGGGAAAUACAUCUGCGGAGUGCAGUCGCUCUGCAUGUUAUUGACCACUGCUAUUAAAGGCUUCUUUGUGUAUCAAAUAUCCAGCCAACUCAUUGUAAUUUGUCUUCUAAUAUCGAAAUAAAACUCCACAAUAUAACAAA